AUGUCGUAUAUUUCUCGCCUUGUCACGGGCGGUUCUCCGGUGUUAUGGUGGUGGCAUGGUGGCUGCUGCUUGCUGCGGGGCGUUUCUUUCGACUUGCUUCCCUUAACUGCAGCCAACCACUUAAGCUUCCCGUCUUCCUGCUGCGACGGCGGCAGGUGUUUUUGCUGGCUCUUGUGUCUUUCGCGGCUGUCGGUGCGCCGUUGGCUUUCGCUGCACUCGCUUUUCUCCCUGCUCGGCAGCUGUGGAAAGUCUGAUGACGUCAUUGGUGGUCUUGUCUUCUGGAGCUGUUGCUGUUCGCGUUCCUCUCGGCGCUCCCAUUGUCUUUUCGUGACGACGAAGGGGACCUUGAACUUGUUCUUGCAAAUUCUAUCUGCCGUCGGAUGCGCUCCUCCACAUAGCUUGCAACUUGGCUUGCAUGCCUUCUCGUGGUCCGCGUCGGGGUUGGCCUCCCCGCACGCGAAGCGUACUCUGGUCUCCGGGGUUGGACAUACGUCGAUGCGGUGUCCGACUUUUCCGCAACAUCUACACACUUCAUGA